AAAAAAAAGAUAAAACACAAAAGACAAAGUAUGUAUUCAUCAUGAUGAAGAGUAAAGCUAAAGACAGCGAGAAAUACUGAGGCUAGGUAAAGAGAUUGGAACAAGCUGAGGUACGUAAACAUUUUCAAAAGAAAAAAAAAUAAGCUAAGUUAACUUUGUGUGGUGCCAAUGGAGUCUCCAAGGAUCCAUGGAGAAGGUGCUGAGGAGAAGAGUAGUUGUGAAUCAGGAUGGACUAUGUACAUAGACCAUCACUCUGAGGUUGUCUAUGAAGAAUAUGAUGAUGAUGAACGUGCAAGAGAGGUUGAUGAUGAUGGUGAAGGUGAUGAUGAUAAUGAUGAUAGUAGUGGAAACCGGAGCGAUGACUCGAUGACUUCUGAUGCAUCUUCAUGGCCUACCACUCAGGUUCCAAGGAAAACCAAGAAUCAUGCAGCUGCAAAGAAGAGCAAUGGCAAACAAGUCAGUCAUCAGACAAAGAACAGAGCUUAUGAAAAGUUCAGCGACGAAGAAGAGGAAUCUGAGUUCAAGGCUAGAACAAGAACCACUACAACUAGUCGAGCUCAAAGUAGAGGUAAGGUGAGCAAAACCAAAUAAGACUUAUCAAUACAUGGUUUUAAUUUCUAUUUGCUAUAUCCAAUGUUCUCUUUGUCUCAAGGAAAUUAAGUAACGACCAUGUAGUUGUUUUCUUUUCAUUUGAGAUUUAUGUGUAAUUGCAUUGCUUUCUUUAACAGGA